UCAUUUUGAAGCGGACCGGAAGUCCGCAGUGACAGCCCCGGUGGGAGUCAACACACAGAUCCGCUCCAGACAGACAACUGGGCCGAACCGUCCGAGUCGAGCAUGAACGAGUCCGCGGGUCUGCGGCUCCGGCGGCUGCAAAGACCGCAGGUCAUCACCGACGAGCUGCCCGAGCACCGACACAAGGGGUCCGGGACGUACAGCGGGAAGGUUUUCCAGGUGACGCUCGUGUCUCUCGGCGGCUUCCUGCUUCUUCCUCUGCUCUUCAUCGUCCUCAUCCUUGAGUCUCCGAUCCAGCCCGACGUGUUCACCCUGAAGGAGCCUCCAGUGAUGACGGGCUGCUGGGAGCCAAACCUGAAGCUCCGCGAGGCCCAGAGACUCUUCGAGGACCAGAUCCUUGGACCCGAGUCCAUCGCCAACAUCGGAGAUGUUUUGUUCUCCGGAACAGCUGACGGGAAAAUCGUGAAGCUGAUUGGUCGAAGGAUCCACACGGUGACGAGACUCGGAAAACUUCCCUGUGGCUCCAGGGAGGAGGAGCAGAGCUGCGGUCGUCCUCUAGGGAUCAGAGUCGGACCUAACGGGACUCUGAUCGUAGCCGACGCCUACCUGGGUCUGUUCGAGGUCAACCCCACCACCGGUGAGACGACCCGGUUGGUGGCGGGUGGUCAGGUGGUCGCUGGCAAGAAGCUGUCGUUCAUCAACGACGUGGCGGUGACACAGGACGGGAAGAAGAUGUACUUCACCGACUCCAGCAGCAGGUGGCAGCGCAGAGACUAUCUGAGCCUGAUCAUGGAGGCCACGGCCGACGGACGAGUUCUGGAGUUGGACCUGGAGACCGGCGACUUGUCAGUUCUGAUGGAAAACCUGAGAUUCCCAAACGGCAUCGAGCUGCUGCCCGACGAGGAGUCGGUGCUGGUCGCCGAGACGACCAUGGCCCGGAUACGCAGGGUCCACGUCGCCGGUCUGAACAAAGGCGGGAUGGACACGUUCGUGGACAACCUGCCCGGUUUCCCCGACAACAUCCGCCGCAGCUCCAGCGGAGGAUACUGGGUCGCCAUGGCGGCAGUGCGGCCCAACCCUGGAUUCUCCGUGAUGGACUUCCUGUCCCAGAGACCCUGGAUUAAGAAACUCGUCUUCAAGCUCUUCAGUGCGGAGGUUCUGAUGAAGUUCGUCCCUCGCUACAGUUUGGUGGCCGAGCUCCACGAUGGCGGCGUCUGCACGCGGAGCUUCCACGACCCAGGCGGCCUGGUGGCAGCGCACGUGAGCGAGGUCCACGAGCACGAUGGGCGUCUGUACCUCGGGUCAUUUCGCUCGCCGUACGUCGCCGCGCUCGACCUGCGCGACCUUUAGACACGAGGACGCAUCUGUCAGACACAAGACUCUGAAGGACAGGGACGCAGGUCGUCCAGACGUUGACCCGAGGGCCGGUCAGACCCGAUCGAUCGGCUGUGACGAACAAUCGGCAAUAAUACAUAAGUUUCUAUCAAACGUCCUCGUUAUUUAUUCAGUUGAGUUAUGAUCCAUUGUUCUCAGAUUAAUCUAAGUCCUGACAAACGAUGCAACAGAGCAAUGUGCUAACAUGCUAUCUUGCUAACAUACUACGUGCAUUCAUUCAAUCUUCUUUUGUCCCCUGACCCUUGUCCCCGGGUCUGAGAACCACAGUGCUGCUCACUUUCAUCUGUAGGCAUGUUUGUUGCUCAACAUGUUUGUUGCUCAACAUGUUUGUUGUUCAAAGUGAAAAGUUGUCCGAGAUGUUGACGGAGCUGCGUCAUCGCUCACAGCUGAUCGGUCAUCUGACUCCACCCACCGAGGGCUUCACUGCGUCUGUGACAUCAUCAUAACCAGACGACGAGCCAAUCAGCUUUAGCCACAGGCGGAAAUGACUCAGAUCUUUGUGAUGUGGCGACGUUUUACUCUGAGACAGAGUCUGAAUCAUUUCUGUAGUUUCACUGGAUUCCUUUUUUCCUGGUCUGUGAUGAUGAUGAAGUUGAUGAUGAUGAUGAAGGUGAUGAAGAUGUCGUCUCCUUUACUUCUUGUUCUGCAGCUUAAUUUCAUUAACUGAAUAAAAUAUUUUUCAGUG